GCAAUCCUGUGAAAUCUUUGGCCAAGUCUUUAAAAUCAGAUCAAGCUGGGGAGGAGAAAGGAGAGUCAGUGUGGACUUAGGCCACUGAAGAUGGAGAUCCAUUUACCUAGUGUGCCGAUGAUGGAAAUCCUCUCCUAUCUGGAUGCCUACAGUUUGCUACAGGCUGCCCAAGUGAACAAGAACUGGAAUGAACUUGCAAGCAGUGAUGUCCUGUGGAGGAAGUUGUGUCAGAAGAGAUGGCUCUACUGUUACAUGUUCACCCUACCGCUCCAUGGCUUAGAGACAUGGAAGCAGUUCUUCUUUAACAAAACAUGGCAAGAACACGCCAAGACCCGGGCAAAGCCAGAAGAUUUCACUUACAAGGAAUUUCCUAUGGAGUUUGAAUUUCGGGCACAUCCAUGGUAUAUCUCAAGGCAUGGCUUAACAAGAAAUGGACAAGGAAAGUCUGCUGUCUGUAUGACUUCCAUGAACAGGAUUUCUACCUGGGAUAUUCACGAGGGUGCUAUGACCUGGGAAAGUCCAAAACAGCCCUCCUAUAUCGUAUGGAUGACUACCCUCCCUGAGAUGCAAAUUGCAGUCACUAUAGAUAUGCAAUCAACUAUCAAACUGUGGGACUGCCACAACAAGGAAGUUCUGGCGUCGAAAACGGGCCUGUUCUUUUCCUGUAAAUUACUGCAAUCUGAAUUUACUAAGGAUGGCCCGAUUGUCUUGGUAGGUGAUGCCUGUGGUAAUCUCUACAUCUUUAGGAUUCCUGACUUACACCUCAUUUCCAAGGUGAAUGUAUUCCCAUACAGUAUUGAUGAACUCUACUUCUCUCCUCAGAAGAAAUGGGUCUUUCUGAUAGGGCACCGCCUAAAUGACUUGACAAAGGUGUUUUACAUGAGCAGCUUACUGAGGCCAUCAGAAUUCUCUGCCCCUGUGUCUACCGUUCUUGAAGUUCCACUAAUCCGAAAAGUCUUCUGGACCCCAAGAAGGGAAGACAGGAUAACCCUGAUGUCCUUAAUUUUACCCGAAAACAUCACAAAAUUUGACACAUUUGAUAUGAAGUUGGAAGGGAUCGGGAACAAAGUAACUAUUCAAGGAUAUUUGACAGCCAGCUUCUCGCUGGCAGAAGAUGAGGGGACACCAGACCAUUUUGGAGUCAGUGAUAAGGACGUGAUUGUUUGUUCAACUAGAUUCUCUCUCUUGCUCUUUGACAUAAAUGGUCUCCGUCUGCAGACAUUUCACUACUGCCCAGAAGAGAUCUGGAGACUAUGGGUGGACCCUGUUCAUGUCAUUGUCACCUGUGAUGCUGGCUCUUUGGAUAUAUAUGCAUGGGAGAAGAGAAGCCUGCUACUAAGGAAGUGUUAUCGACUACGAAAUAGGAAUUAUCAGCAAAUGUCUGGGUAAGCUCUGCUUCUUGACUUACACUGGAAACUAGUUUUAAAACAUUUCUGGGGCUGGAUAGUUGGUUCAGCAGUAAGGAGCUUGACUGCUCUUCUGGAAGACUUGGGUUCAAUCUCCAGCAUCACAUGGCAGCUCACACUGUCUAUAACUCCAGUUCCAGGGCAUUGGACAGAAACCUUCACACAAAUGUAUUGAAAGCAAUGUUAAACAUAUUAAAGAGUUCUAUAUAAAAAAUGCAUUGUUAAAAGAAAGUAGAACUUUCUGUGAAAAGAUAGGACUAAAUUUAUGAUCUCCAGCAUCACACAGAACAGACAAUGGGCUGUAAAUGUAUAAUAUGUAAAUAGUAGAGUCAGGAGGGCCCAGAAGUUUAAGGUCAUCUUCUGCUAUUUAGCAAGUUUAGCAGCCAGAUUGAGUUCAUUGCAAAAUCAUCACACACACACACACACACACACACACACACACAAAAACACACACACACACACACACA